UAUGCGUGAUGAGGAUAGUCCUAUAAGUCGGGAAAUUGAAAAUUUGAAAGUUUUAGUAAAAAAAUUACAUAUAGAAAUGCAAUCCACAGAGGAUAAAAAUAAGCAGAAUACUCAAAACAAUUCCCCUACAGAAUCAAAUGGUACAUCUUCCUCACAAACUCAUACAGAACACAAAACUCCACAUAACCGACAAUCCCAUAAUACAACAGAAGGCCCAAAUCAACAAAAGUUUCAUUAUUAUAAAAAAAAUAAUAACUGGCAAUUAUAUCAACAGUCAUAUCAAUUUAAUAAAAAAUAUAACAAACGUGGAAGCAAAGGGGGAUGGAAGCACUGGAGUUUUAAGAAGCAGAGUAAAAUAAAUUGAAAAUAAUUUAAAGACCAUGUUUUCUGCCAUGUUGAAAGCUGCAAAAGAAAAUUAAGUAAAUUAAAUACUUUAAAGAAUAUAUGUUCAAUGUAUCAUAC